AUGCUGCUUAGAACGCGACACGCGGACGAAUCUCGUAGACACUGGGAAAUGAUGCUGCACUGCGAGAGGGCCGCAUUUCCAAGGGCGGCGUCGAAUUUGCCUUUGCCCUCGAGGGAGUAUUCAAAGAUAUUUAUACAUUUCUACAGACUCGUACGUAGCCAAAGACGCAAAAAGGGCAUCAGCAUUUGGGAUCAACUGAUACGUCUAAAAACGUUUGAUCAGAUUGGCCGGGAAAACCUAAUAAACAAUCUCGCACAGCUCAUUUAUAAACAGAAUAGCCUAGAAUCUAUUUGUCUGGAAGGUUUGUCAUUAACGCCAGACGAAGGUGUACGGCUCCUAUUGGCAUUGUAUAAUUCUCGUAAAACAAUGAAAUACGUGUAUUGUUGGCGCGCAUUUGAGAAAAUGGUAAGCAUCUCGGUGGAAACUGACGAUCGCGUUGGAUCAAGAUUUUAUGAAAAUAAAAAGAUCAAGAAAUGCGAUUGGUUCCGAGCAAUCAGUUGUUUAGAGUAUCUCACCACCUUAUCUAUAAACUACGCAUAUAUAGCGACACCCACAGGAGAUCUACUUAUCAAUCUGGCUAAGAAACUUCAACGAAAUUGGCAGUGGUUACAAUUGUUGUGCCUAGAGGAAGAAAUUUAUCGGAAUUCUGAAUCUGCAAAUAAUAGAGAAAUAAUCCUGAUACCUGACAAAGCUUGGAAGAAAGCUCACCUUUUGGCACCAGCAUUGAAAAUACAAUACGCUAUUAUUGGAAUACCAGAGUAUGAUAUUCAUAAAAGAUUUUUUACAAAAAACACCCAGGUACAUACCUUCGCAUUAUCGACAAGUAUCGAUCUGAAAUUUCGGCAACCCUGGUUUCUCGAUUGCACGAUCAAAACACUCUGUUCGUGGUAUUCGAAUACUUUAGUAUAUUUGUGCCUACAAUUGUGGCAUAAUCGGGAGAACUUGGAUAACCAACUAAGAAAGCUAUUUCUUAAUUUACCGUCACUUCAAAUUUUCGAGUUUAUCGGCGAAAUUCGGAUGUUAAAAACACUUUGCGCUAUGUGUUGUCAAAUAUGUUCCGGCAGUUGCAACGUUUAUCGUGUUAAUAUGCAACUUCAAGAAGUUAUACACGAUGACAUCGAUAAGGAAAAAUGGAUAAAAAGUAUAAAGUGCUUAAUGGUUUGUUUUAAACAUGAUUUUGACAGGAUGGAUGUUAAAUUUGACAUUAGCUUCUACAAGUUCUGA